AAAAGGCAAAGUACUUCAGAUUUCUCACUCCACAGAGGGAAGACGAUGGUGAGGCGUAAGUGAUGGUGGGAAGCAGAACCAAUGAGAAAGCUUCAUCUUUGAGAUGGAAGAUCCUUCGCCAGGCUCUUCUCCCUCGUCCUUCUCCUUCAAAUCCAGAUGAUCAAACCCAAAUGGGCAUCAGGCGCAUUUCAAGAAGGAGCAUUCAUGGCUUCAAAUUAAUUCCCUCUCGGCUACUCGACAAAUGUGAAACUAAUGAUGAGUCGACUUCAAGGGAUGCUCGCUUUUGUUACACCAUACCCAUCCAUGGCUUUCCGAAACUACUUUUAAUACAAAGAGUGGACGACCAUGCUCAGCUCAGUGAUUUUGAGAUCUGCAACAGAUACAACAUUGACAACACAGGAGUUGUUUGUAGCUGGCCAUCAGAAGAUGUUCUUGCUUACUAUUGUUUGUCAAAUGCAGAUCUUUUCAGGCAUAAAAAAGUUAUUGAGCUUGGUUCUGGUUAUGGUUUGGCUGGAUUUGUUAUUGCAGCUGUUACUGAGGCGUCGGAGGUUGUAAUCUCAGAUGGAAACCCUCAAGUAGUCAAUUAUAUUCAGCGCAACAUUGAGGUUAAUUCUGGAACAUUUGGAGAUACAACAGUGAAGCCUAUGAUGCUUCACUGGAAUCAGGAAGAAACUUUUGAUAUUGCCAGCACUUUUGACAUCAUCGUUGCAAGUGAUUGCACUUUCUUUAAGGAUUUCCACAGAGACCUCGCCCGAACUGUCAAGCUCCUCCUGUCAAAAACGGGAUCCUCUGAAGCAAUUUUUAUAAGCCCUAAAAGAGGGGAUUCUCUAUACAUGUUUUUGGAGAUUGUCAAAGAAUAUGGCUUGCAAUUCACUGUAACUGAGAACUAUGACGCAGAAGUCUGGAACCGUCAUGAGAAAUUCAUGAAUGGCGAGGAUAGAGACUCCUGGCCCAGCUAUGAGAAAGACCACUGCUAUCCACUAUUAAUCAGAAUUACGCCAUGAACUUUUAGAAGCCACCUCCUUAAUCCAAAUGCUUUGCUUGUGAAUUUUUUUCCAUUUCUGGUUGACUCAUGUUUGACGAGGAUCACGUGCAAAUGCAUUCUUCCGACGCUUAAAAUCUCCUAGUACAGAUACUUGCCAAUAACAAGGCAUCGUUGGAUUAAUUUAUUGCUGGGCUCGUAUCAUCAAUGUAAUGGAUAUCAAGAAUAUUCGAUGGUUCCAUUAAUCUGGUUGAGAAUUUCUAGCCCCGAAAGGACCAUAGACGUGUAUUCUUAGCUCAUGAUAAACUUUUGCAUUUGUUCUUUAUCCGUCAAUAUUAAGAAUUCUGUAGUUGGUAGAUGGUAGCGUUAUUGUGACAAAACUCCAAGAAUUAUUAUUGUAUAUCGUUUUUCAUGAUUUAUGGCAGUUCAAAUGAAUCA